CACUUACUUUCUUACAUCUAUAAUGGCUAUCUCUUCUUGCCUUUGUCACCAUCAAUUGGCACUCAAGAUUAACCUCUUGACGACUGCAUCCAAACACUCCAAAUCCACAUUCGCUCUUAAACCCAUCAACACCGAAUUUUACGGAAUACAUAUCGGAAACAAGCUAAGAAAUCAAUGGAGUUUUAUGAGAGGAUCAGGAGCUAUAAUCAUACCAAACGAAAGCUUCAAUCUGCGUCAAAACCAGUCAAAACUGCAAGUAUCAUGUUUUGCUAGUAUGCAAUUAGCGAGUGAUGCUUUUACAUUAGGAACUGCUGCUGUUCUUCCCUUCUACACUCUUAUGGUCGCAGCUCCAAAAUCCGAAUUGACUAAAAAGUGUAUGAGAAGUAGCAUACCAUAUGUAUUGCUUGGCGUUUUAUACUCGUAUCUUCUUUAUCUUUCGUGGACCCCGGAUACAUUUCGGUUGAUGUUCGCAAGCAAAUAUUGGCUGCCCGAGCUUCCGGGUGUAGCUAAGAUGUUUUCUAAUGAGAUGACAUUAGCCUCGGCUUGGAUCCAUUUGUUAGCCGUUGACCUCUACGCCGCAAGACAGGUGUAUCAGGAUGGAUUGGAGAAUGAGAUCGAGACGCGACAUUCGGUUUCUCUUUGUUUGUUGUUUUGUCCAAUUGGGAUACUUGUUCAUGCUAUCACCAAGGCUUUAAUUAGUACAUUUAGAGAAUCAAAAAGUGAGAUUCAUUGAUGUUUUUAUUUUUCCUAUCAAGUGGUGGUGCAUUUAUUUGCUCAAGUCUUUUAAUCUAAUUGGUUAUGGUUUUGGUG